GUUAUGCGACAUUCUACUGUCAGUUAUUUUAAAUUUUGCCGCUGAAUCAGUGGUUAUCAGUGGUUUUGCCGCUGUUGGGUAUACUGUUUAUACCAGAAUCGGUUGCUCUUCCCCUACCAGACACAACCAAAACGCCAAAAAGCGAUACUAAUCUUCAGUCAAUUCUAUGGUGGUUGUAUGUAUGUACCAGAGCUCGACAAAAAAUGCUUAUAGUGAUCAUAGAAAUAGAUGGUAGAUUUCAUUAUGCUCAUGUGCAAAUAGAUUAUCAGUAAUUAUUUACAAGUGGGAUCCACGCUAUUUCAAGCCAUAAAAAAUCGAAAAAUUAACAUUGUAUCAUGUCGUGUUGUGAAGUCGGUAAAUUUGGCAAUCAAUUUUUUUUUAAUUAAACUCUAAAGUUCAGUAUUUACAUGAGUGUUAAACACCGUUCUCUGCUCUGACAGUCAAUCCAAUUCGUGGCGCCAUCCCACCUGUAUAAUUUUCAUGUUCUAACCUUCAUCAGUGAGUACAGUGUUGUAUACAGACGUACAUACGUACGUACGCAUACGAUUGAUAGUUUCACAUGCAUAAAUAUCUUAUGACCAAGCUUCAAUCCCACUUAUAGAUCAGUGAUCAAUCCUCUUUGACCAAGCCGAGCCACUUUAUUCAUUAGUAUCGCGGUCGCGGACUUCGGCAGGCACACGUCUCGCCACGUUGGUCAGACCGGUCAGACCAUAACAAUAUUCAUUGAUAUUCUCUGAAGACAUCCCCAAGUCAUACCUUGGAUUAAACGUCAUACAUUGUGUCAUACGGUUGUUAUUUGAGGUCAUUCACUCAAUACAGCGGCAAAGCGCUCCGUCAACGCGCUCCGGGAAUUGUCAGAUUCAAAUUUUAUUCUGUUCGGAAACAAUAAAAGAUGACACAAAUUUGGUCAAUUAGUUUGAUAGUCUUCGUACUUUUGGUUGUUAUUUUAAUCCUGAAGAAAUUCUUUUGGUAUGGCCGGCUAAAGCAACUGACCAAUAAACAUGUUGUGAUAACUGGAGGUUCCAGUGGAAUUGGAAAAUGUGCAGCCAUCUAUGCAGCUCGACAAGGAGCACAUGUCACUAUUAUAGCCAGAGAUUUGAAAAAAUUGGAAGCUGCUAAAAAUGAAAUACUCCACGCUUGUCAAAAUAAGGAAAAACAAAAAGUGGAAUGUGUAUCAUUGGACAUCGGAAAUAAUUACGGGGAUGUAGAAAAAACGUUUAAUAACCUCGAGCGUACAAUAGGCCCAAUUUAUAUGCUGAUUAACUGUGCGGGUAUCGCUAUAUGUGGAAAAGUUGAAGACACCACCAUUGACAAUCUAAAAUAUAUGGUCAACCUUAAUUUCAUGGGGACAUACUACGCUAUUAAGGCAGUCAUUUCCAGCAUGAAGAGCGCACAUGAAGGAAUAAUUGUUAUCACUUCCUCUCAAGCUGCCCUAUUAGGCAUCUUUGGUUAUUCAGCUUAUGGAAGUACAAAAUUUGCCUUGCGUGGGUUGGCAGAAAGUGUUGCGAUGGAGGUAGCACCUUAUAACAUCUCCGUGACAUUGUCCCUCCCGCCUGACACAGACACACCAGGAUUUGCACUUGAAGACCAAAGCAAACCAUUAGAAACUAAACUGAUCUCCGAAGGUACAGGACCUGUGUCACCAGAAUCUGUAGCUGAACAAUUGAUGAAAGACGCUCUGACUGGGAGGUUCUUCUCAACAGUUGGUCUGGAAGGGUUCAUUUUGACUUCAUUGUGCGCCGGAAUGUCCCCUAUCUCAUCCAUCACCGAGUUACUACUACAGGCAUUACUGGCAGGCAUGCUUAGACUAGUAGGCGCUUGCUACCUAAUUUCAUUCAGAAGAAUUAUUCUGAAUUGUAUGAAAAAUCGAGAUAAGAAUAAGAAAUCUGAAUAGGUCAUAGUAAUAUACUUACUUUGCUAAACUCGGCUAUUGGACUGAAUUCCUGAACGAUUGAACUGAAGUAAGUGUGAUAUUCAGUAUCUGAAACUCAGUAUUUGAAUGGCAUAUUUACUACCGGAUCUUGUAUCCGCACCGGCAACUGUCACAUAAUCUACCAAGGUCUUCGAUUAAACUAGUUUCGGUUGCAUGAAAUGUCAAUCUUCGUCUGUGUAUUUUCCUAGAGUUUCUCAGUUUCUGGUGUAAUUAUUAUUGAUGAAUAUUGAUGUGGUGUUAACCAAUAAAAUAUCGUUCUA